AUGCCAAAGGAAAAGUCCUCUCGCGCCGCCAAGAAGGCCACAAGCAAGGCCGAUGGUGGAAAGAAGAAGAAGGACCCCAAUGCCCCAAAGCGUGGUCUGUCCGCCUACAUGUUCUUCGCCAACGAGCAGCGUGACGGAGUCCGUGAGGACAACCCCGGCAUCAAGUUCGGCGAGGUCGGCAAGGUCCURGGUGAAAAGUGGAAGGGCCUGAACGAGAAGCAGAAGGCACCAUAUGAGGCCAAGGCCGCCGCUGACAAGAAGCGGUACGAGGACCAGAAGAAGAUCUACCUCGAGGAGCAGGCCAAUGCCGCUGAGGAUGACGAGGAGGAGGAUGAGGACUAA